AUGGAAGUUUUUCCUGUUUUUUAUGAUGUGGAUCCAUCUGAUGUAAGGAAACAAGAAGGAACUUUUGCAAAAGCUUUUGCUGAACAUGAAAAGGAGAACAUAGAGAAAGUGCAGACAUGGAGAGUUGCUUUGAGAAAAGUGGCCAAUCUCUCAGGAUGGCAUUUGCGGGACAGGUCGGAGGCAGAAGUUAUCCAAGACAUUGUGAAAGUCACAUUUGAUAAAUUGAGGCAUUCUCAUACAUUCUUAGUAGAUACUAAGAAACUAGUUGGAAUAAAUUCUCGAGUUGAACAAUUGAUGUCACAUUUAGCUAUAGGGUCAAAGGAUGUUCGCAUUGUAGGAAUUUGGGGUAUUGGAGGAAUGGGUAAGACAACUCUUGCUAGAGUGGUUUAUGAUAUGGUUUUCAAUCAAUUUGAAGCUUGUGGUUUUAUUGAUGAUGUUAGGGUAAAUAAUGAAAAACAUGACUUGCUUUGGUUACAAAAAGAACUUUUGAAAAAACUUUUGAUAUGCAAGGACAUUGACAAAAAAGAUGUUAAUGAUAUAGAUCUCAUGCUCAAAAAUAGGUUACGUCAUAAAAAGAUUCUUCUUGUUCUCGAUGAUGUAAAUGAAUCAAAACAAUUGGACAAAUUAGUUGGGAGCCGUGAUUAG